UGGGAGUGCAGGGGUAGGGUCAAUGAGGAUGUGAGUGAGCGGAGUGUGAGGGGUUUGGGAGAGCACCCAGUAUAUAUAUUUCUGGAGUAUACCGGCAGGGCCGGGCAAGAAGGAUUGAACAAGGCAGCCAAGGAGGUUUUCGCAGGCAAAUAGCCCGAGGCUGAGUAUUUCUCACUUGACUCAAGUGACUGCAUGAUCUGACACAUGUUGUGUAACUCGUUUUCCCAGCGGCGAAAGAGGUAGACUGGACUUGGCUUGGUUCUUCCUUCCAGACCCUCUAGUCCCUCUGCAUGCCCCGUUUUCGAUUCGAGGUCUAUGGUGACUUGGCUCAUGGAUCGAAGUCUGUCCACUUAUCCUCGCGCGUUGCAAUUUCCUUCGUUCCGCCACUUGAAUGCGGAGAUGUUCGUCUUAAUUUGGACAUUAGCCUGCCGGUGAGGGCUACUAUAUACAAUGAUGUCAACUCAUCCCAUCUCUGCUUCCACUCUCGGGUCCUUCUAAUCGCUUCAUCAUCAACUAGACUCACGAGUUCAUGCAAGUUGCCCUCCCCGUCAUUUCUUUCCACUAUUCACCGUUCGCUGUCACGCACCCUUUCGCUCAUGGUCGGGUCGCACACACACAUGUGUCAACAGACCAUCUUCAAAUUAUCGAUCCCAUCUCAUUCUUUUUUUUUUCAUUUUCAUGUUUCAAGCCUCGUUGUCAUUUCAUUUCAUUCUAUCUUCCCUUGGUUUCUGUCAAUCCUGCGUUCGGGUGAGAUGGUGGUGCCAGCGCUGGUCGUGUGGAUGAUGCGAUGUCCAUUCUCGCUGGAGAAAAUAAUUAGGGUUAGCAUCAGCAAAAAAUUGUUAUGCUCCUGAGUGCUCCGGAGUAUCGAGAGCACUGGGAGAAUCAGGAGGAGAUUGGCCGGUCCAGGAACAGCCCAUUUCCUCCGGAGUUGGCUAGGUACUCCAGGGCACUCCCAGGAGGGCCUGGAGCAUUGCUUUGUGCACAAACAUAUCCAGUAAAUACAAUUUAAAUGCUUCAAAGUGUAUAGGGGUGAGAAGCUUCUGGGAGCUCCUGGAGCAUUUGAAAAUGAAAAGGAAAAAAAGAGGGAAGAUCCCCCAUGAAUAC